AUGCUCCUCUUUGGUGCAUUGAUUGCUGGGAAGGCACCAGAAGAUAUUUCAGAAAGAGAUAUUUGCAUUUCAAUUCUUAGAGAUCAGGGACUACUUGAUAAAGUUUGGGUUAGACGAGAUGGGGCUUCUAAUGAAAAUACUAACAACUACUGUUUGAAGUCUUGCAAAGUAUGUGAGCAGGUGGACAGUUCAAAAAACAUGCUAAUAUGCGAUAAUUGUGAUGAUGCAUUUCAUACUGCUUGCUAUAAUCCCCGUAUAAAAGUAUUGCCAGUUAGUGAGUGGAUUUGUAGCUCCUGUCUGAAAAAAAAGCACAAAAUAUUGAAAGAUAAAUCUACAAGCAGCAAUUUGGCAAACACAAGUACUGAAACUGGCAGAAAUCGGCAUUCAGAAUCAGAAUUGGAACUGGGGUCCUUGGAGUUCAUGGUUAGAGAUACUGAACCGUAUAUGUCCAAUGUGCGAGUUGGCAAUGAAUUUCAAGCAGAUGUUCCUGAUUGGUGUGGCCUCAUUGAUGAGUUCCACGAGUUGUAAGAUUGAUGCUCCAUC